UGUAAACAAACGCUUCACUUUCCAACUCGCUGCAAACUGACCUAUAAUCAUAUUUCUUUGCUUCUUUUGAACAAAGCCAACGAUGAACCAACAAACAGCUGGAAAGCCAGUUCUCGUCACAUCUCGUUUUACUAUUGGUAACUUUAAGUCAUGUGACUACAUAGCAGUAGCGGGACAACAGUAAUGCUGGAAGUAACUAUACCUCGGACUUUUGUAUCAUGUAUUGUAUGAAAAGAGCCUAGCAACAGCCAAACGAAUUGUCCUAACGUGUUAAACUAAGCAACAGGUUCCAACCUGCAAACCAAUAAUGGAAUCGGAUAAGUCAAAGAACAACCUUUGACCGCGGGGAACGUUGAUCUAUUGUUCAGAAAAUUUAGAAGUUAGAAGCCUGCUGAUCAAUGCUGCUUACUGUCGAACUUUUAACGAACGAUUAUUGGCUGAAACUUGGACUCUGUCUGAUCACACUUAUUUUCAGUGUCACUGUUACCUGCUUAUAUUUAAAACACUAGUUUUGUAUAUCAGAAUAUCCAUCAGGUAAUUACAGCGUUUUCGUUCUAUCAAUAUCUGCCCCGAAAUCGUGCCAGCCAUUUUUCAAGAUUUCACGUGCUGAUCUGCUUGCUCGCCUGUGUUUCUCGCAAGUUUGUAACCUACUUAACUGGUAAUAUACAACCCUGAGAUGGGAGUUGCUUGCAAAGCUGGAAUAUUAGUCACUUUAGGUCUAUUACUGGCUAUUGCCGGUCUUGUAGCCUAUUUGAUAUUUCCUAAUAUAUUACAGUGGCAAGUCAAAGAGCGCUUAGUACUGAGCCCAGAAUCGGAAACCUUUGAACAUUGGAAGGACGUCCCAGUGCCUAUAUUUAUCCACUUUUACUUCUUCAACCUAACAAAUCACGAGGGAGUAUGGUCACUAACAGAGAAGCCACAGCUGGCAGAAGUCGGACCUUACGUAUUCAGAGAAAGUAGAAAAAAGGUGAAUGUAACGUGGAACGAGAAUAAUAAUACCGUUUCCUACGCACAGGUCCGUACAUGGCACUUCGAGCCAGACUUAACGCUUGGCUCUCUUGAUGAUAUCAUCACAACAUUGAACGUGCCUGCGAUAGCUGCAGCACAGAAGAUGAAAAAUAAAAUGUUUGGCCUUAAAACAAUUGACUUGUUGUUGAGCAAAGCUAAUAGCACAUGGUUCAUUCAUCAGCCAAUAAGAAAACUUCUGUUUGAUGGUUAUGAAGAUAUUUUCCUCAAAGCUGUGAAAAGUAUUCUUCCUACAGCUCAAGAAAAGUUUGGAUGGUUUUAUGAGAAAAAUAACACAGAUGAUGGAAUUUAUACAAUUUUCACUGGAAAGGAUAAAAUAGAAAAUCUUGGACGUGUUGACAUGUGGAAAGGAAGUGGGACAGCUGGUGCUUGGGAAGGUACAUGUGACAUGAUAAAUGGAACAGCUGGGGACAUGUGGCCUCCAUUCAGAGAAUCAAAGGAUGAAAAGUUGACUGUUUAUGUUUCCGACAUUUGUAGAUCCGUUUCUCUCUCCUUUCUUAAGGAAACGGAAAUUAAGGGCAUAACAGCUUUCCAUUACUGGGCUGAUAACACUGUCCUGGAUAACGGCAUGCUCGACUUUGACAAUAAAUGUUUCUGUUCUUCCAAUGGAACCCAGUGUCUUCCUGCAGGUGGACUUAAUGCGUCAACCUGUUCAGAAGGUGUACCAAUAGUGAUUUCUUAUCCACAUUUCUUGUAUGCCGACUCCUCCUAUAGACAACUUGUAGAUGGCAUGAAACCAGAUCCAGAAGCACACCAGUUUUUCAUUGAUCUCGAACCAGUAAGUAGAGUUCCCACGUUUAGUAGUAGUAUUCUGUUUUUCCAAAAUAUUACAUCAAGGAGCUUCGUUCCCAUUUUUUGGUUUAGUCAGGUAGCUACAAUUGAUGAUGAAACUGCUAAAAAACUUCAACUCAUCACCAGUGAUCUUCCAAAUUAUGUAACCGUGGGAUCCUUUAUUUUGGUUAUACUUGGGGGAAUAAUAGUGACUUUUACAUUCUUCUUUGCUAUAAAAAUCGCGAGAAAAAGAAAACAAGGUAAAGGGAAGUACGAUGGUGUGCCGAUGAAAGAUUAUUGAGAAAAAGUGAAGAUUUUAAUUUACAUGCUGUAACAAAUCACCAAGUGUCCUUUUCGUUUCAACACUCAGGUACCAGUUGUUGUUGUUUUUUUUUUGUGUGGGUACUGGACAAGAUUGGAAGCAGACGUAGGGAAGGUGAAACCACUUACAAAGAGAGUCGUGAUCAACUUUUGAAACAGAAGGAUGUUCUCGAUGUGAUAUUUUUGUCUGCUGGUUUAGGACCAUUUUUAUUAUUUUUAUAGCUUUACGAGUAACAUGCUGAAUUGAAAUCCUGUUUUCACUAUUGAAGCCCAUUUUUUUUUUUCACACUUCAUUAUUGGGAUAGAAACUUUAGAAGAAACCACAUGCUCAGUAUUUUGAAAUCUGUUCUGUAAUAACGUAGUUAGAGGAUUGUAUAAAUACUACAUGGUUAAUUAUGGUAAAAUUUAAUUACAUUAUUAAUGGUAGCAAAUAUAUUUUAAUUGAAAUUUUCUUGUAAGUUAAAUGUCAUUCAGCACUGUUAAAAAAAAAUAUAUAUAUAUGUAUAAGUGUUUAAUUUUCAUUGACCUCAUUAUUGAAAGACUUUUUUAUUGGCUUGUGUAUAAGGUAUUAAUGUGACUGGUAACAAGCAGUGUUUCUUUAUAUGUUAUUAUAUAUACAGAAUUCAGGAAAACAAGACAGAUGUUUGUUUCACAAAUUCAUAAUUUAUUCACAACUACGGUUUCGCGAUGCCUUUACUAGCGAAACCGUGGUCAAUAAAUGAUGUAUUUGAAAAACGUACCUGGAGUUUCACCAAGUACUGACGGUUUCAAUUAUUAUAUAUAUUUGUAACCACUGACUGAAAACAAUAUUAAUUUUAUGUUAAAGCAACCUAAAAUUUUUCCUUUUGUCUCUUCCUAAACUUUAGUGUCAUUAUAACAAAAUAAGCAGAUAUAAAUAGCUUGGUAUAUAUAUAAAAAAUCACUUACUAGCAAAACAGACUAGACAACUUGUUAUCGUGAUGUGCAGGUUUUUGAACUACGAAAAAAAAAUGGCAUAUCUAAAUAUCACUGGAGAUUUAAGCCACAACUAUUUUAUCACAUUAGUUUAUAGAUAACCAUGUGUAUAAAACUCCUUCCUGUAACAAGUCAUUAGUUCAGGUAUUUUCAGGGUUAUAGAGAUAACAUUCUAAGAUAGUAAUAUAUAUCUAAAACUAGUGGCAGUUGUACAAUAGCUAAAAAUAGGCGUAACGGUUAGGUUGAUUCUUGUGGGUGAUAUAAGCAAGGUCUUUGGUAUUCAUACUUGCACAAAAGGAAUUCAGUGGAUCAACAUGCUCAACCAGUUUUUUAGGUUAAGGAUAUUAAUAAUAAUAAGAAUAGUUCAAUGCAUAGAGGUCGACAGCUUAUAAACCAAAUUUGAUAUUUUUCCAGUUAUCUAAAGUUCUAUGGAAUUUGGCAACACAGAGAUGGUUCUAUAUAUAUAUAUAUAUAUAUAGUAUAGGUAAUGGUAACUUACUGCUGAUAAAUGUUUGUUUUUUUGUACAUAGUUAUUAUAUAUAUUAAGUUCCAUUUUAGUGAUUCGUGUAAAGUACGUUAAUCACACUGGAGGGGAAUAAACUUGAACAUGUGAAUGCAUAAGAGAAUUGCUUGAACAUCAAUUUAGGAAACAGGUAUAGUCUUGCGAAGUUUUUUUUUUUUUACUUUUUUUCAUAUAAAUUGCAUUGAAAUAAGAGAAUUUAACAUUUAAACUGAAAACAAAGUAUUGGUAUACUUCUUUCUAAUGAGUGCCAAAGUUUAGAAACUGAUUUAGUGCCUAGGCUCAGUUCACACACGCACACACACACACAGCAUAGAGCAUGUCUAUAAAGUGAUAUAAAAAUAGCUUGUAAUUGUAGAACUGUUAGUAGUGGCUUCAGAAUAUUACAAACCUUGGUCAAAAUAAAUAGUGACUCAAAUUAAGAAACUUUUUUUUUUUAACAAUUUGUCUUAAAAUAAAUACCUAUUCCACUUGUAUGUUCAGUAGCAACAUGACCUGAUGACCCCUUAGUUAUGUUGUUUGAGGUCCAACAUUUUUUUCUGUCUAUUUAAGUGUUAUAAACUGUGCGUUUACUAGCUUCUCAAAAAUCUUUAACUCCAGUUGCUACUAAUGAUUUAAAGCUUUUGAGAUUGUUAGCGUUAUUUUGAAUGUGAACUUAACUGCUCAAAAAGUAUUGAACAGAUUUUGAUUAAACCUUACUCUGUGGAGUGUAGUGUUAGUUUUACUUCCUUAAAAACGUACGAUAUUUAGCGAGAAAGCUGACCAAACGUAGCAAGGACUACAAUUAUUAACCGUCUUAAAAGUAGUUUAAAAAUCAGGUUCACCAAAACCAAAUGGAUUAUCAUAGAAUAGACACAACUUAUCUCUGACAGGGUACAUUCCAUCUAGUUAUAAGUUUUGUGCACUGUUUAUCUUAAUUAGGUUUUUUGAGUCGAAACAGUUCAAUGUUUUUAUCUGUCAGAAAACUAUUAUCAGAUUGUAUAAUAGUGAUUUUUAUUAUAAACUUUAUACAUAAUAUAUAUAUAUAUAUAUAGGUAGAUGACAGUGGAUUUUUAGAAUACAGUUCUACCACAACUUGGCAUAUAUAAAUGUGAAUAAGACUUGAGAAAAGAGGUUUUAACUUAUAACUGACUAUUUUAGGUUUGUAAUGAUACUAUUGGCUAACUUGAAUAUAAUUGUACAUACUGUGGGUGUCCCACUGGUGGCCAAAUUAAGAUUAUUAUAAUACAUUACUGUUAGAAUGAAAACAAGAGACAGUGAAAUUUCACCCAAGUUCAGGAGUUUUUUUUUUUUCAAGAUUUACUGUGUUUUAUGUAGGAUAAGUAAAUGACAGAUAAUUGAUUAGCCAUACAAAGAGGUGAAGAUGGAUCAGUGGGUGGACGUAUAUAGAUAAAUGAGUGAGAGUAACUCUAGUUUACACAAAUAUUUGAUGGCUAUAUAUAUAUAACUGGUAAAAACCAAAGAUAUUAAUAGAUUAACAAACUGUAUAUAUAAUAGAUAAAAGCAUUCUUCUUUUUUAUUGUAGUAGUGUGUGUGUAUAUAAGGAACACACUGUGGUCCCUGGGCCCUUUUUUUUUUUUUUAAGUAAGACCAUAGUUUAAACUGAUACUCCCACCUCCCCCAUGGCACUGCAGUGAGUCUGGAAACUUUGAUCAAUAGGCAUUAAUUUUUUAGAAGAACAUAGUUUACACUGAUACUCCCACCUCCCCCAUGGCACUGUGGUAAGUCUGAAACCUUUGGUCAAUAGGCACUAUUUUUCAAGAUGAGCAUAGUUUAAGCUGACAAGCCCCCCUCCCCAGGCACUGCAGUACGUUUGCAAACUCAUAACGCUAGAAACUGGGUUUCAAUACCCGUGGUGGUCACAGCUUAGCUAGUUCAUUGUGUACUUUGUGCUUAACUACACAAAAAUAAAUCAACAAGCCGGGGGAUUUUGAUAUCUGAUUGUGUGUAUGACUUACAUUAAGUUCUGUGUCACUGACUUGUGUAAAGGAACAGACAAACUUGAGAACGUGCUGUGGUUACAUACGUGAAAUGCUUUAACAGAAACAAAGAGAACACGGGUAUAGCCUCGUGUGUGUCAUAGCCGGCUGUGUCCAUUAGUAACGGCAUGAAGCUAAUUACAUCUGUGUAACCGUCAAUGUAUCUAAGUCUUGCGUACAAAGUUAAGGUGACAUUUUCAUCCAAUAAUAGAGACAGAGAACAGAGCUUGACAUUAAGUUUUUGUCGUUCUUACUAUAAAAUUCAGUCUUAUUCUAAGACAAUAUGUUUAAUUUAAGCCUUAAAAUACACAGACAUGCUAAUAUCAUAGAGACAAAUUUUAUGUUUUAUAAAGUGCUUGAAUACCCUUGGAAAUAUUGGAGCUUUAGCUAAAACUAAAAUCAAACCUUGUUGUUUAAUAUUACUAUAUACUAUUUAUUCCAUAAAAAUUAUAUUUGGUAUUUCAAAAGAAUGGCACUUAUUAUAUUUCAGCAUGUAGUUACCCACUGUGCCUUCUGAGGAUAACCCAUUACUGGUGGUUGUCUAGCAUGUACCCCAUGUUUCGGCAUGUAGUUAUCCACUGUGUCUUCUGAGUUGUCUAGCAUGUACCCCAUGUUUCAGCAUGUAGUUAUCCACUGUGCCUUCUGAGGAUAACCCACUACUGGUGGUUGUCUAGCAUGUACCCCAUGUUUCGGCAUGUAGUUAUCCACUGUGCCUUCUGAGUUGUCUAGCAUGUACCCCAUGUUUCAGCAUGUAGUUAUCCACUGUGCCUUCUGAGGAUAACCCAUUACUGGUGGUUGUCUAGCAUGUACCCCAUGUUUCAGCAUGUAGUUAUCCACUGUGCCUUCUGAGGACAACCUUACACUGGGGGUCGACUAGCACGUGCCCCAUCUUUCAACUUAUCCAGUAUUUUAUUAACAAACUACUGUUGGGCAUUAAUAUUGUUGUUGUUACUCAAUAAAACAGGCUAAUUUGUUGAUUGAAAGACAUGCACAAAGAGGGUAAAGGAAACUUACUUGCACCAUUGCUUAGAGUUAUCAGUUAUUUAUCAACAACAGCAGUAAAGGAAAUGUGAUAGACAAAGACACUACUAUGAUAUACAAACACUCUUUCAAGGAAAGUUUGAUAUAUUAUUAAUUAAAGUCUCGACUCAGUCAUUUACUAUAGUCUAGGUAAAGAAAACGCAGUUUAAAAGUAAAAGAAAAUGCAAAUUAUUUCUUAAACUGUAAAUUAUUUCAGAAAUAGUGAAGUAUAACAAUAAAAAUGUUGGAAUGUUAUUUUUUUUUUCCUUUUGUUUAUUUGAUUUUUUGUUUCUAGAUCCAGGCAUAAAAAAAAAAAAUAGACAAAAGCUCGGAACAUUUACUGUAAUGUCAGUACUUGUCAAACAAUUAAAUAAUUUAUUUUGUCAUAGAUAAGGAAAAUUAUACAAUGCAAAAGAAAUAGUGGCAAACUUUUUUUUCUUUCGUUUAUACAAUAAAGCCAAAAAGGAAACAUGAAUAAAUGUAGAGUUGAGUAAAUUAGUACAAGUACACCUGAAAAAUAACCAAGGCCUUAAACUUUUAAGUAGUGUUUCAAAAUGUAAUAGGCCUAAUACUAAUAUCUUAUGACAAGUACAAGUACACCUGAAAAAUAACCGAGGCCUUAAACUAAGUUACAUUGUACGAUUGAUUGAUUUUUUAUUAUUUUUUUUUCUUAAAGAACCUGCCGAGUCUUUCACACUGCUAGCCCGUGUGAAUGAGACAAAGCAUUAGUAACUUCACGAAAGACUUGUAUGAUAUUAGAAUUAUAAUAGUCUUUGUUUCCAUAAUGGGGCUUGACAUUCAAACUUUGAGUUUUGGUAGGAGGCUUGAAGUCGUAUAAUUAUUCUGUCACAUUUUGUGAUUAUUGUUCGAUUCAUUAUUUGUAUCGUUCUAAGUAAGUUGGGUAAAUUUACUUGUACGAUGAGCAGUCGGUACAUUUCUUUUGAUGUGACUUAAGUGGAAUAACAUGUAAUAAAUGAUUAAGAUUUUAAUGGUUAAGGUUUUUCCAGAUUGUAAACCUUUAGCCUAAAAUCAUUUCAUGGUUACCAUAAGUUUAUUUUAUUUGUAACAUUACCACCUACAGAUUAACUGUUGUCAGAUUAAUCUGUUUAAUAAUAAAUAAUUAUUACAUUCAGAAUUUAUAAUACACACCCUUGAUGUUUCUAUAUCUUUGGAUAUAGACAUAGUUGCACAAAACCACUUGUUACUGCAAACACAACUUGUGUGAAUGACUAGAAUAAAAACACCUGUUUUUGGCCCUCUCAAAAAUUAAUUGCAGUUCCAACAAGUAGAAUGUUAUUUUAAAUAUUAAGUUGUUGUGGUCUGUAGGGAGUUUCAUAAAACAGCUGUUGGGUGUGGAUAAGUAGUGAAUAACUUGGGAUAAAGUUUAUACAUAUAUAUACUUUUUUUUUCUGCCACCAUGAAACCUCAACUAUGUAGAAAAUGUUAAUACUGUUGAUAUUGUGAGAAGUCUGCCUGAGUUAGGGUACUGUUGUUAGAAGUAAUACUAGACAAUAUAAGUUAUUUCUACUUGAUACUGACAGUUUUAAGGACUAUUUCAAGUUCUAUGUGUACUGGAUGUAAUGAUAUUAACAAUACUGUGCAAUUUUUGGUGUACCCUGUACCACAGGUCACUGCUGUUCCUAGUCUUGAAACUACACGUAGAUGAUACAAUGUUAUCCUCCUUUUAUGUAGAAGAGUUGCAAUAGAUGUUGAAUUUAUAUUUUAAAAAAAUAGAAUUUAAUUAUAAAAUACCACACUACGAGUGUUUUACUACAUAUUUACAUAGUGUUAAGAGCUCUAUGUAUAAAAACCCAGACCAACGAAGUCUGACCACUUGUAUUUUUAUUACUUUUAAGACAGACUUAAAAGCCGAUAUUUUUAAGGCACUUUUUUUCAGUGUUUUAAUAUUCAAUAAUAAAACAUUUGUCACAUUGAAAUUAGAUAUGUUUUUAAUAAUAAUUACAACAAAGCAAUUCUGGUUACUGAGUGAUAAUAUUUGUGCCUUUCGGGGCGUGUUUGGUAAUUACAUUCCGAGCAGCGCUGUUUAUAUAUCGUAAUCUGGUUAUUUUCUGUAUAUCAGCAUGCUUUGUCUGUGUUUAAUAAAGAGUUUUGUAUACUUA